AUGGAUUGUGUUUUAUUUCUCAAGUCCUUGACUCAAGGGACUGAUUUUGGACGUGGGUUUUUGGUGUUUGGGCGUUUGUCGCAAGUUUUUAACACUUUGUUGUUGGUUUUGAUGUUGUGUUUAGGGUUUAAGUUUCUGCAAUUUAGUCUGCAUGGAAAGGGAUUAGUUCAUUUUUUUGGUUAUAUUAGAGGGAAAUCGAGUGAGAGAAGAAAUGGGUUGUGUUCAUAUAUUGAAUUUGGUGAAGAAUUUGAUGCAAAUAUUUUGUCUGGCAAAUGUGUUCCACCAUUGAAGCUCUUGGCUGACUCAAACUCGAAGUCGACAAAUGAUGUUUCGGAAUCAGUAGAAUGUUGUGAAGAAGAUGAGUUAUCCGACGUAGAAUCACUAAGAAGAUUAGUCAAAAUGGAGAGGCAAAGGGCCAAUGUGGCUUGUAUGGAGCUCGAGAAGGAAAGAAUGGCAGCGGCAUCAGCGGCGGAAGAAGCCAUGGCCAUGAUUUUGAGGCUGCAAAGUGAGAAAAGUUCAGCAGAAAUUGAAGCCAAUCGAUUCCGGAGAAUGGCGGAGCAGAAACAGGAGCUUGAUGAAGAAGUGAUUCAGUCACUGCAAUGGAUUGUGAUGAGACAUGAGUCUAAGAAGAGUUUGUUGGAGGAGAAGUUGAAGAUUUAUAAAGAAAAAUUGAAGCAGUUUGUGAAAGAAGAUUUUGAAAUGGAUGAAUUUGAAGGAGUUGAUACUGAUGAAGGUGAUGAGAUGCUUGAAUCAUUUGGAAUCGGAAUGGAUUGUUGA